AUGUUCAAAUUGCAAAACAACAAACCCAGCAUCAAAAUGUAUCUUACAAACUCCCUUCCGAUUUUUGCCAUCCUUGGAUGUCAAAUUGCCGUGAAGGCUCAAAAGAGCUACAAUGAGCUCCUCCGAACUCCCAGCAACUUCGCAACUAUGUCAGAAGCUGUCUAUUCCUGCGAGUUCACAAACCUUUGGUCCGAAGCGAGGCACCCCAACUUAUAUCCAGGAAACGCCCACUGGAGCCCUCCAGUCUUGGGUGCUCAUUCCAAUGGAUACUCCAUGUGGGCUUCUGGGGCUCUUGCCAGUCCAGGCGUAGAAUCUGUGGCAGAGAGGGGUGCCGUGGGAACAUUGCUUGACGAGUUUGUGGCUGCCAAUGAUUUGACAGGUGAUAUUGUCACUGGCGAUGUGACAUUCAAUAACGUAGUCAAUGACCAAGUCCUAGACAACAUUGUCGUUUCUCAUGAGCAUCCCUACCUUUCCAGCAUUUCAAUGAUUGCUCCAAGCCCUGAUUGGUUCACUGGCUUUUAUGAUUAUGAUCCACGCAGCAGCAAUGGCAAUUCCUGGGCGCGAGAUUUCAUUCUUCUUACCUACCCAUGGGACGCUGGAACCGAACAAGGAACUGGAUAUAGUCUGGGGAACGCUGCUGAGUCCCCUCACAAGCCUAUUUCCCAGUUCACAACUGAAACAGUGCCAGCAAAUGGAAUCUUCCUCAACAGCACAGGUGAUGAAGUGCUUCCAAUUGCCUCAUGGUGUUGUUCUUUGGUUACGGACGUGAUGAUACCCCCAGGACCCCGUGUUGGUGGACCAAACCCAGAAACCAUGGGCUUUCCCUGA